UAUAUUUUAGUUGGUGGUUAUAUAAGCAAGGAUCUCAGAGCACAACCAAAGCCAUACUGCCACAUGAAGUUGAAAAUAAAUACAAGCUCAGCUAAGGCAUGGGGUGAGGUUGAAGAAGAGCCUGUAAGCCCCGAAGCUCAAUACCUCAACAGUUCGGCUCUCUGUGUGAGCAAUCUCGUGGUUUUCGAGUCGGAGAUCCCCAUAGAUGAUUCUCAAGCUAUGUUGACAUUGGAGAACCUCUUCUUGCCCAUCAACCCUCGCUUCUCUUCGAUCAUGGUGAAGGAUGAGCACGGGAAUUCAAGAUGGAGGAAGGUUCAAGUGAAACUGGAGGACCAUAUCAACGUUCCAGUGUUUCCUUCAGGAUUGGAGUUUUAUGAUGAUUAUAUGCAAGAAUACAUAGCGAAAAUUGCAACAGAACGCUUGCCAGAAGAUCAACCUCUAUGGAACACACAUAUAAUCAAGUAUCCAACAAAGAAUGCCGCAGGUUCUCUUGUGUUCAAGCUUCAUCAUUCAUUAGGAGAUGGUUUCUCACUUAUGACAGCCCUCUUCAACUGUGUACAAAGAGCUGAUAACCCUUCCCUUCCUCUGACUUUCCCCUCUAUUGGAAGCACACAAGCUCAAAACUGGGGAGUUUAUAGGGCUCUAUCCGAUGUUUUCUCGAUGUGCAUUAACACAAUUAAAGACUUCAGUUGGAGUCUUGCGUUGAGUAGCAUAAAAGAUAGCGUAACUCCUAUAAGGUCAGGGGAUGUCGGCAUUGAAGAUAGACCAAUCACCUUAUCAACUGUCACAUUUUCGCUCAGUGAUAUCAAGCAGAUAAAGGGCAAGCUAAAAGGGACAGUUAAUGAUGUUAUAACUGGAAUAAUUUUCUACGGCAUGCAACUCUACUUGCAAGCUGCUGGCCAAGAAACCAAACCUGCAAAGGUGACCGCCCUCGUAUUGCUGAACACAAGGGCAAUCAGAACAUACCAACCACUGAAAGAGAUGGCUCGACGCGAUUCAAAGGUUCCUUGGGGCAACCAUUUCGCCUUUUUGCAUGUCUCGAUCCCUACAAAUAAGGACCCUGAGAAUGCUGAUCCUCUACAUUCAAUACGCCGAGCCAAGAAAAUUAUCAAGGCUAAGAGGAACUCACUCGGUGUCUAUCUCACUGCUGGAAUUCUGGAAAUUAUGAGGAAGUUUAGAGGAUCAGAGGCUGUUUCUAGGCACAUAUACAAAACGUUAACCAAUACGAGCCUGACGAUUUCUAAUCUUAUCGGGCCAUUGGAAAAGUUGCAGAUUGCUAAUCACCCUUGCAAGAGCUUCUAUUUCAUGGUGGUGCGAGCUCCACAGAGUCUCACAAUUACUGUAGUAAGCUACAUGGGUACGAUAAAGGUGGCAAUAGGAGCAGAGAGAGAUUUCAUAAAUUCUGAGCUCCUUGUAUCUUGUAUGGAGAAGUCAUUUGAGAGGAUUUUUGAUGCAGCAGUUGGCAAUAGAACUUGACAUGGAUUACUCAAGCUAAUUAAAAGCAAUCAUUGUUGUCUCUAGCAUGAUCUUUCUCCUAAAAAUGCUACUAAAUAAAGGAUAUUUCCCCUAAGACAAUUAUUUAAGGGCGAUAAUUCUUGUUUUUCGCGAUAAUUCUUGUUUUUCUUUAUUGCAACAUAACUGAAUAGAAUAAUAGAAUUAUAUGGCU